AUGAGGAUCGCGCUGCUACUUGUCGCGGCGACGGCGCUCCGGGCGCCAGCGCGACACAGCGCGACGCGCGCAUCGGUCGCGACAACGCGGCGCGGCGGCGCGGCCGCGGUUGCAAACGCGACGACGACGACGCUGCGCGGCGGCGCCAUCGACGACAAGAUCGCCGCGGCCAUCGACGCCUGCCGCGCCGCGCUCGAAAAGCGCGCGAACAACACGAAGGCCGCCGCGGCCCUCGCGACGCUCCUGCGGCAGACGGGCGACGAGGACGGCGCGCUCGCGGCGCUCGCCCGGGCCGCGGCGCACGGCGACGCGGCGAGCGCCGCGCGGUGGGCCGUCGCGCUCGAGGACCGCGGCGACGACGCGGGCGAGGCCUGGCGCCUCGCCUGGGCCCACUCGGGCGACGUCGAGGCGUUCCAAAGGUUCGUCGGCUACGAGCUCCGCGCGAAGCGCUUCGCCCGCGCGCGGGCGGUCGUCGAGGCGCGGCUCGCGGCCGAGCCGACGUGCGCCGCGGCGCUCGAGCUCCGGGCGACGGAGCGGCGCGCGGCCGGCGACGCGGCCGAGGCCGCGCGGCUCUACGCCGAAGCGGCCGACGUCGCGAAGCGGACCGGCGGGGACGCCGCGGGCGCCGCGCUGCGCUGCGCGCUCGGCCGCGCCGGCGCGGGCGAGCUCGGCGCCGCGGCCGCGGCGUUCCAGGAGGCGCUCCAGCUCGACGCGGAACGCGCGGAAAUCUGGCGCGAGCUCGCCUUCUUCCUCGACGAGCAGCGGGGCGACCGCGCGGGCGCCGUGGCCGCCUUGAAGCGCGCCGUGGACCUCGACGCCGGCGAGGGCCAGGGCAGGACAAGAGAGCGAAAUUCCCAACUUCAAAGGCUCCGAUCUCGGCCGUUUUCCACUCGCGAGGGCCAGGCGCGCGCGCAGCUCGCCAAGUGGACCGACGGCGACGAGGACUGGCGCCGCGCGCCCCUCGACGCGUCCUACGUCAGCGGCCUCUUCGACCAGUUCGCCAAGACCUUCGAGCAGAAACUCGUCGGCGACCUGAGCUACCGGGGCCACCUCCAGUGCGCGGGGCUCCUCGCGCGGUCGCUGCCGAAGCGGCCGGGCGUCGUCGCCGUGGACGUCGGCGCGGGCACGGGCCUCUGCGGCGCGGCGCUCCGGGACGCGCUGCCUAUCGAGGAGAUCGUCGGCGUCGACGUGUCGCCGCGCAUGCUCGACGCCGCGCGCGAGAAGGGCGUCUACGAGGACCUCGUCGUCUCCGACGGCGCGGCCUACCUCGCGACGCGCGGCCCGGGCUCCGUCGACGUCCUCGUCGCCGCGGACGUCUUCGCCUACGUCGGCGACUGCGCCGAGCUCUUCUCCGCCGCGCGGCGCGUGCUGAAGGCCGACGGCCGCUUCGCGUUCACGCUCGAGGAGCGCGCGAGCGGCUUCGGCCUCGGCGACGGCGGCCGCUUCGCGCACUCCGAGGCGUACCUCCGCGAUGCGGCGGCCGCGGCGGGGCUGGCGGUCAUCGACGUCGAGCGGGCCGUCAUGCGCACGCAGCGCGGCGCGGACGUCAACGUCCUCGUCGUCGCGCUCGCGCCGGCCGUCGAGGUCCGCGACGCCGCCUGGCUCGAGACCGCGGAGUAA